AGAAUGCCGACAAGUCAAUUGCAUGGUGUCUCUAGCCCAAAGUGCGAGGUCACUGCACUUGUGGUCGAUGACGACACGGUUAGCCAAAUGAUUCACCACAAGCUCCUGAACAUCCUUGGAAUCGAGAACGAUGUCGUCGUGAACGGGAAACAGGCGGUUGACAUCCACCUAUCUGGCAAGAAAUUUGACCUCAUUCUCAUGGAUAGGGACAUGCCUGUCAUGAAUGGCAUAGAGGCAACAAAGAAACUGCGAGACAUGGGCAUUAGGAGCACCAUUGCAGGCGUUUCAUCUCACUCAUCCUCGAAAGAAAAACAAGAAUUCUUCGAAGCGGGUCUUGAUGUAUAUCAUGAGAAGCCUUUGUCAGUUGCUAAGCUCCUCUCUGUUGUCAGUAAGAUCAAGCAUAAGGCAUAGCGUGAACGUGCACGGCAGUAUUUAACCGCUGUUCCCUUGAGAUAUUGAUGAUGUCGGCCUGAAUGUACUGCAUAAGAAAGUGCAGCAUUUUUUUCCCUUCUUAUAUGGUUCAA